GUGGACAGAUUGCAACCCUGAAGAUUCCCACUGUGGAAGGAUACAAAACACCCAAAUUGUAUCUAUAGCUAGAACCAGAGCCACUGUUUUAAUAGGUAUAUGUUGGAAGUUUUGUCUGGACUGAUACGUGGUUGGAAUAAAGCGGACAACAGAGCGGGGACUGAAGUCUUGAAUAGCCAAACACACAAAGGUUGCUGCAUUCAGAGGUGGAAACACUCGUGUCAACAGCAGAUGCCAGGCGUUUUGAGUGCAGCUGCACCAGGCUCUGCUGUGGAGGUGAACACACAGUGUACUGAGGAUGUUACAGGAUGAAACGUCUCAGGUCCUCAAGCAGCAGCAGCAGCGACAGUUCUGACAAUGAGAGCCCCUCUACCUCCUUCUGCUCCUCCAGCAAGUAUGGCAGUAAACCUGGAACCUCCACCUCCAACCCGAAGAAACCAGCUGAAGUGUUCAGAAAAGACCUGAUCAGUGCCAUGAAGCUACCUGACUCCCACCAUGUGUCUCCAGAGGACUACUACCUGCUGGCAGACACCUGGAAGCAGGAGUGGGAGAAGGGAGUCCAGGUGCUGGCAAGUCCAGACACCAUCCCAGAGCCGUCAGUCAGAAUUAUUGCAGAGAAGCCCAAGGAGGUGCUUUACACCCACCACAGGAAGUCCAUCCAGUGCUCGAGCCAGGAGUCAACAGAACCAGGUUAUGUCAACAUCAAAGAGCUGGCAGAGGACAUGUGUCGCUACGAUCUGGACGACGUGGACCUUUACUGGCUGCGCGCGCUCAACAGAGAACUCGACCGCAUGGGGGUGGAGCCCAUAGACGAGCUGACAAUGGAGCGCACCAUGGAGGCCCUGGAGAGGCAGUGCCAUGACAACAUGAACCACGCCAUUGAGACGGUGGAAGGCCUGGGGAUUGAAUACGACGAGGACGUUAUCUGCGACGUGUGCCGCUCCCCCGACAGUGAAGAAGGGAAUGACAUGGUGUUCUGUGACAAGUGCAACAUCUGCGUGCACCAGGCCUGUUAUGGAAUAGUCAAAGUGCCUGUUGGAAACUGGCUGUGUAGGACGUGUGUCCUCGGCAUCGACCCGCAGUGCCUUCUGUGUCCUAAUAAGGGCGGUGCCAUGAAGGCUACACGUGCAGGAACCAAGUGGGCACAUGUAAGCUGUGCCCUGUGGAUACCAGAGGUUAGCAUUGCCUGUCCCGAGAGGAUGGAGCCCAUCACCAAAGUCUCCCACAUCCCACCCAGCCGCUGGUCUCUCAUCUGCAGUCUGUGUAAAUUGAAGACAGGCGCAUGUAUCCAGUGCUCGGUAAAGAACUGCACCACUCCUUUCCAUGUAACAUGUGCCUUUGAGCACAGCCUAGAGAUGAAGACCAUCCUGGAUGAAGGAGAUGAAGUCAAGUUUAAGUCUUACUGCCUCAAACACAGCAAGUCUAAAACUGGGGAGGCUGGCCUGAGCCCAGCUCGCUCUAAACCCCCCGCCGAGGCUGAGAAGGUGGGCCAGCGGGCACAGAGACUGCAGGAGCUGGAGGAGGAGUUCUACACUCUUAUCCAGCUGGAGGAGCUGGCCCAGGCCCUCGGGCUCUCCGAGCGCCUGGCGGACUUCAUCUAUCAGUACUGGAAGCUGAAAAGGAAAGCUAACUUUAACAAAGCUCUGCUGCCCCCUAAAGAGGAGGAGAACCUGGUGCUGCAGCCUCAGGAGGACAGCAUCCACACACGCAUGCGGAUGUUCAUGCACCUGCGACAGGAUUUGGAGAGGGUGAGGAAUUUGUGUUACAUGGUGAGUCGGCGGGAGAAGCUGAAGCUGUUGCAGAGUAAAGCCCAGGAGCAGAUGUUCAACUUGCAUGUGAAGCUUUUGAACCAGGAGCUUUCUGCUGGUCCUCCGUCUUCAUUUCCGGUGGAGAGUAUGCUGUUUCGUCCUCCUCCGAGGAUAACUCUGAAGCUGAAAAUGCCCAAAUCCUCAAGUCUUGGAAACGGAAAUCCCAGUUCCAAAUCUGGUAAUGGGCCACUCUGCCCGGACAAUAGUGGCAAUGUUACUGAACAUGCAGGUGAAGGGCUGGGUCAGGGGAAGCCUCAGCUACAUGGACACAGUCGGAGGGAGGAGCGCUCCAACGGGCAGCUGUCUUCCUCGAGCCACUCGACCAGCCCAGCGCUGCCUGGCAAACCCACUGGCAAACCUUUAGCCCUGCAUGCUGCGCUCCACGGCCACUCAUCCAACAGUAACGGCAAACUGGACCAAGACCGAGCGUGCGUGGCUAAAUCUAACGGUCUCUUUGUGGCUCAGAAGGACAGUUCUUGCCAGACACCCAGUAACAAAGACACUUCAAAUCAGGCUUCGGACAAGAGCAGCUUUCGCAAGUCUGCCAUGGAGCACUUUGGCAGGUCCUUCAAAGAGGCGACUAUUAACUUGGUGCGGACCACAGAGGACCUGUGGGCCUCUGACAAACUGUCCCGAAAGGGCUCAGCCAAGGAGAGACUAUGGGCUAAACCCGGAUCUGAACACAAAGUGAAAAGCACGAGAUCGUACCAGGACAGUGACGGAUACUGUCCUGACCUGGAGCUCAGUGACUCAGAGCCAGAAGCCAAAGGGAGGCACAGGAGGCAGGUCGGGCUGCCUCAGCCAGACGCUCCAAGGAAGGGGGUCAGUCGUGGGAAACAGUCGCUGGGCUCCAGACACCCCAUGCAAAGGUGACAGCUGUUUGUUUUACCCCGCUCACUGCCGCCGUUCUCUCCUGACCUUCUGGCAGUCUUCCCAAGUGCCAGGCCGUCUCUGUGAACACCUCUCCAUCAGGGACCGCACCAAGACCCAGUGCUAAUGGUGCUGUAUAUGCAUAAAGCAGAAGAUGCAUGAAGGGCAUCGUCGUCAAAGAACAUCACCCAGUGGGAUUCAUAAAGAAGCGUAGCCUCGUGUUAGUAUUGGUGUGAGAGGAACAAAUCUGUCUUCUGAGAUUAUCAUGCUUGCCUUUCAUUGUGGCCAGCAUUACAUUUUGUACUCAACUUUGUAUUAAACACCCCUGCUCCCCUACACACAGGUUCAAUUUGUCUUUUGACUAACACGCCUGUACAUAAGAUUGGGAUGUAAAUAAUGUUUAACUGAGUCACACAUAUUCCACUUCAUGAUACUUCAAAAAUGAAAUCAAAGUUGUUGCAGAAAUGAAAACUGACAUGCCAGAUGGGAAUUUUUUAGUGAGUUCAACAUCUGCUGCGCCUGUUUCUUGCACAUUGUCUGUUUCCCACAGGUGAUAAACUGACAUGGUGAUCUUUUACAUUUGUCAAGUAGUGGAGUCAUUUUUAUGAACACAAACACCUUUUUGAGAAUGCAGUUUGUACACUAUUAGUACCUUCAGUUUUGCACGUUACAGUGUGUCAUGUCCUGGUUAGACUAAAGGAUCAUGAAGCAUUCAAGUUCUUGUCUCAAAAUGGGAAGAAAUGUGUGAGAAAGUAUAUUUACAUUCCCUGAUGUAUCAUUCAGUAGUCAUUGAACCUGGAUGCACAGACUGAGUACAGAUGUGUAAUCAAUGCCAGUCAGAUUGCCUUUAUUACUGGCCUCAGAUCAUCACAUGAUUAGCCUUCAUUACCACAGACUUUUAAAUGAAAGUUACCUUUGGAACUUGUAUUUUCAGUCUUUUCUUUUACUUGUCGCUUUUUUUUUUUUUUUUUUUUGAUAAUAAAUGACCUAACUAGUUUACUAGGGCUGUAUAUUGUUAGGAUUUUUUUUUUUUUUUUUUUUUGUUACAGGUGCCAUUUCAGUACUUUGUGAUAUGUUUCUUUGCCAACUAUGAACAAAUUUCUACCACAAAAAAAAGCUUUAUUGUUUUUUAUUAUAUAGGCCAAAUUUCUCAAACGCAUCAGUGUGUAAUGGUGUCUUAAUACAAACAUAAAAUUAACAAAAUCAGGAUUUAAAUAAGGAUAUUUGAUGAAAGAAUAAAUAAUCUGACCAAGCA